GCUGCUAAUAAGACAGAAACAACACCAACUAGAGAAGUUAUCAUGAACGACGACGGCAUACAACAUGGAAAAUCCAACGUCCCUGCCACUGGCUUCUCAAGCAGCUGGAACGUAGGAAGCGAUGCCGUUGUGUACUGGAAUUAUGGUGGCAUGGCAGCAGACAAGUGCGAGACAUGA